AGGUCUAGGUUAUAUUCCAACCCUAACCAAAAUGUAUAAAAACAAACCCAAAACAACCUUACGCAUAGCUCAUCGUUCCCCAACUUGGUCUCUUUCAGUAAAUUUCUAAAAAAAAAAAUAUUUUGUUAUCAAUUAUUGUUACAAGACCAUCGAUCUUUCAUUGCUCUUCAAUUUGACAAUUAACAGGUGAUUGAUUGAGGCGUAACAUAACAUGUUAUCAGAUUUGCAAAGACCAGUCUAGGUUAUUCAUUCCAACCCUAAUCAAUUUUAGGGUUUUUUGGAAUCUGAGUAAGACGAAAGUUGUGUUCGAGUUUUCGUUAGAAAGAGAAGAUGAAUUUUCAGGUUGCAAGUGAUCCGGAAUAUUUUGACAAGAAUUGGAACAUUCUACAACUUGCAAUUUGUGAGAUAUUCAAAUGCUACCACAACGCUAGGCAUCUUAGUUUCGCAGAGCUUCACAGACAUGCUUAUUAUAUGGUUCUUUACAAUUUUGGUGAGAAGCUAUACUCUGGGCUAGUUGCCACCAUGACUUCUCAUCUCAGAGAGAUAGCUAGAUCUCUUGAAGCCACUCAAGGAAUUUCGUUCCUGGAAGAAUUUAACACGAAAUGGAAUGAUUAUAAUAAGUCGUUAGCAUUUCUUAGGGACAUUCUGAGGUACAUGGAAAGGACUUAUAUCCCAAGCACAAAAAAGACUCCUGUUUAUGAACUUGGUCUGAACCUGUGGAGAGAAAUUGUUAUUUAUUCAAACCAGAUAAGGACUCAACUGUCGAAUACGCUUUUGGAGUUUGUAUUUAAGGAGUGUGCCGGGGAAGAUGUUAACAGAGAACUGAUUAGAAAUGUUACAAAGAUGCUAAUUGAUUUAGGUCCUUCUGUUUAUGAGCAAGAAUUUGAGACUCCUUUUCUGCAAGUUUUAGCUGAAUCUUACAAGGCUGAAUCCGAGAAAUAUAUCGAGUGUUGUGACUGCGGGGAUUAUCUCAAGAAAGUUGAGAGGUGCCUGAAUGAGGAAACGGAUAGAAUUCAUUACUUGGACCCUAAGACUGAAAAGAAAAUUAUUAAUGCGAUCGAGAAGGAGAUGAUUGAAAAUCCCAUGCUGAGAUUAAUCAAUAUGGAGAACUCUGGGUUUGUAAACAUGCUUUGUGGUAAUAAAUAUGAAGAUUUGGAAAGAAUGUAUAACUUGUUCCGUCGGGUUCCUGAUGGUCUCUCAAAAAUACAAGAAGCGAUGAUCUCACACAUUCGAGUGUCCGUUGACAAGCUUGUUACUGAUCCAAAGAGGUUGGAGGAUCCUGUUGAAUUUUUGCAGAGGCUAUUGGAUGACAAAGAUAAAUACGACAAGAUUAUAAACAUGGCAUUUAGUAAUGACAAGUUUUUCCGGAAUGCUUUUAAUUCCUUAUUUGAAUUUUUCACUAACUUGAAGUUGGAAAAGUCAUUGAAGUUGGAAGGUCUGAAAAUCCACUGGAACAACAAUUCAUAUGCCAGCUAUAUAACUCAUGUGAUAACAGAUUCUGCUGUAAAGGAAGAGCAACCAUGGAAAGUGAACAUGGAAUUUGCAGCAAGGAAAGCUGUUUCUCCCCAAGCUUCUGUAGCUGACGCAACAAAAUUGUGUGAGAGAAAAGUUGAAGUAUUUAUUGAGGAUAAAGUUAGACGUAAAAAAUUAAAGGGGGUUUGCGAGGAUGAUUUGGUGAUUACUCUUGACAAGGUGAUGAUGCUAUUCCAAUACUUGCAAGAAAAAGACUUGUUUGAGAAGUAUUACAAACUGCAUCUGGCAAUGCGGAUUUUGUCUGGAAAAACAGUUUCUGAUGACGCUGAGAGGAGUCUCAUCAUUAAGCUCAAGACAGAAUGUGGAUACCAUUUUACCUCAAAAUUAGAGGGCAUGUUUACAGAUAUGAAAACUUCUCUAGACACAAUGAAGGACUUUUAUGCCGACCACCCUAAGUUAGGUAGUGGUCCUUCACUUACUGUGCAGGUUCUAACAACAGAUAUGUCGGCACUUAGUGAGAAAUUUCGGUCGUAUUACCGCAGCAAUCAUACUGGAAGGAGACUAUAUUGGCAAACUAAUAUGGGCACAGCAGUCUUAAAUGCUACUUUUGGGAAAGGUCAGAGACAUGUGUUAAAUGUCUCCACCUAUCAAAUGUGUGUACUCAUGCUGUUUAAUAAUGCUGAUAGACUAAGCUACAAGGAAAUUGAGCAAGCAACUGAAAUUCCAGCUUCAGAUUUGAAGAGGUGCCUGCAAUCUUUGGCUUUGGUUAAGGGAAGAAAUGUCCUGAGGAAGGAGCCUACGAGUAAAGAUGUUAGCGAGGAUGACGCAUUCUAUGUUAAUGACAAGUUCAGUAGCAAACUGUAUAAGAUAAAAAUAGGAACUGUAGUUACUCAAAAGGAAUCUGAACCGGAGAAACUAAAAACUCGACAAAGAGUUAAGGAGGAGCGGAAGCCGCAGACUGAGGCAGCAGUAGUGAGGAUUAUGAAAUCUAGAUAGAAACUAGAUCAGAACAAUCUUAUAGCUGAGGUCACAAAGCAGUUGCGGUCGCGAUUCCUUGCAAAUCCAACAGAGGUAAAAAAACAGAUUGAGUCUCUCAUUGAGAGGGACUUUUUGGAGAGAGAUAACAGUAACAGAAAACUGUAUCGGUAUCUUGCUUAG